CAACUGCAUGUACCAUUACUUGUUUCAGAGUCAGUUCUUCUUCUCAGCCAUUCAAUUUCGAGAUUGAGCUUUUCGAUUUCUAGCUUCCGCACCUCAACUGCCAUGGAGGCUUCCUCUUGACGUAUCCUCGCCAGUUUUGCUUCCUCAUCAAGUAGAUGUACUAAUCCGUCCGAGAAAUAGGAGAGCACUUCUCUUGCCAGCGAUGCUGUUGAUAAAUUUUGUUUAGCUUCAUUAGAGGUGCUAGUUGUCUCGGGAUCACGGUCGUGUUGCUUUUCUCUUUGCCUCGACCUUCCUUUUUCUGAUAUUUUCCAACUUCCAGAGCUUUGUGAUGGUGGAAGAUCAUAAAAUGUAGGCUUUCUGCCAGAUCCGAAAAGUUGGCUAUCUGAGUACUCCUCAUCAGAAGAGUUAAUUUCUUCUUUGACGAACUCUUCCACAUCAUUGUUUAUGACCUCCUUUUCCGGGGUUCCGUCAAUCUGA